UAUGACACUGCAGUGAUUGCUGAUCUUAUAUCACUUUGCGAGCGUAUAAAUUACCCUUCGUUUGAGCGCGCUGUACUCCUUUGUCAUUUUCCCUCAAUCGUCUAUUCGCACAGAGUAUCACAUCCUCUGGAAUGUCGGUCCCACAAUCGUUCCCGAACUCUACUGAUCCGGCUGUCCUUGACGUUGAGAGUUAUGCGCUCUGCGUUUUCUCUGCAGAGGGUCAAAACCCUGAUAUGCAAGGGUAUGCUGUCCGACUAUCAAAUUUCAUCGUCAAUGUUUGUCUAGCACUACUUAUUCGAUACUCGGAGGAAAGUGUUUCAGAAUCGGUCUCUGCUCUCCUACUGCAGGUCUAUACCCUCAUGCUCUGCGCCUUCAUCAGCUUAAUUCGAAAGCAGCUGUCAGUAGCGGAUGCCCAUUUCGCCCUCACCUCGACUGUCUCUCCGCUUGCUGUUUACCUUCUCUAUGCGUCUGUGCGGAAGGUCCUAAAAAAGCGCUCUUAUCUCUUCCGCCGACUGGGUGAUCAUAGAACAUAUCUCACACUAUCAUUGCUACUGCUUCCAAUGUGGACCAUUAUGAAUUUGCUGAUUUACUUCGCCAAUGUUUUUUCGAACACCUGCGCUCCCGUCACUUUGGCGUCUUGGCUAUUAUUUGAAAUAGAAGCAGUGCUCUUUUCAUUCAUAUUUGCCUCUGUGUUCGCUGGAAUUAUAGUCCUUGUUUGGAUAUUCUAUUCCCUUCGGCAUUUCCGCGAUAUUCGUGGAGAAUAUCGGAGACACAAAAUGAAAGCUCAGCGUUGGGCGAGGUUUAGUUGGAUCCAGUGGUUUCCGUUGUCCUUCAAAUCCUUUGUACUUGCACAAUGGGAUGUAAUCACCAAGAGUCAUCCUUGGGUAUUGACAUUAUCUAUCAGCACCACCUACGUUAUUUGGGGAUCCUCGUUAAUCCUAUAUGUGUCCGAUUUGGGUGAAUUCUAUCACGAAAUCGUUGCUGGCAUUCAAGCAGAUAAUGGUCAACCUGUGACUCCUUAUUCUCCUCCAGACGGGUACGAUCCUCUUGGAUAUGGACAGCUGCUCGCUGCUGGCGUUGCUUUCUUGCCUCUGUGGCAAGUUUUGUGCUUAAUCUGGGAAAGCCGAGGGCACAUGCUGGCUUGGAUCAAAAGAUAUCCUUCCUCGCUUUGGAAUGGCAUUAUAUUCAUCUUUACUGGUCAUCGAAAUCCCUGGGAAAAGGUGCUCGCGAGAAGAGCAGAAGAUGGAACAACCGAGUCGAUAUAUGACACCCUCCCACUCACGGGUCCAAACGAAGACGUUAAAACGAUUAAAAGGACUUCGACGUUCGCAUCCGAACUUGAAGAAAAAUUCGAUACCGAGACAUUAUCAAAUCCUGCUUGGAGAUCAACAACAUCGUUGGAUUACUCUACGGCACACCCAACAUCGACGACGUUGUAUGAUCCUUAUAGUCCAAACAGGUCGUAUUAGGGAAUGAAAAGAUAGUGAAAUUACUGAGUGAUUUCUAAAUGCACACUGAUGUACACCGCGAUGAGCAACAUAAUUGCAAGAACCGGGAGAGACAAGUUUGACAAUUCGGGAA